GUGCAGAGGGAGGAGUUCCCGUUAAAUCACACGAGAGGAGCAGAAACGGGAAGGGACAGUUUAUAUCUAUUCUGCAGACACGUCUUUCUAUUAUUUGGAAUCAAUUUGAUCCGGUGCACAACAGCAGCAUGUCUUUCUGUCGUUUUUUUGGCGGAGAGACCUACAAGGAUCAUUUUAAACCAGGUAUGUACGUGUGCUCUAACUGUAACCAUCCAUUGUUCUCAAGUCGCUCCAAGUUCGCCCACUCAUCCCCAUGGCCCGCUUUCACCGAGACCAUUAGAGAGGACAGCGUGACCAAACUGAUGGAGAGCCUCACAGCUUUCAAGGUUCUGUGUGGCAAGUGCGGCAACGGGCUGGGUCACGAGUUUGUAAACGACGGCCCGCAGGAGGGGGUGUCUCGAUUUUGAAUUUUCAGCCACUCUCUCAAGUUUGUCCCGAGCAAAGGCAAGGACAAGCACUAACGAGCGAGUUUUCUGACCGUUGCACCCGUCCUGUAUGAGUAUGUGAUGCGGCCAGGAUAAAGUCCCGAGAAGGACAUCCUGUCUGCUGAAGUAUCUCAGACCAGCCAGCGACAUGCGGCAUGGAUGGAACACCUGCACAUCUUUUUUUUUUUUUUAAAGCUACUGCUUUCGUACUUAAAUAGCUCAUAUUUAAAUAAGACUCCCAACUUUGAGGAACGCGAAAAGUUUAUGUUGCAUCGGAGAGAACUAAAAGGUUUGAAUUUGGGCAUUUUGUAUGUUCAUGAACUUUUGUGAUAAAUGUAUUCAGUGGUAAAGACACUUCAUGGACACGCUCUACUACUACUACAUAUAUGAAUGAUGUAUGAUGUCAUAAGAAGUACAGUCAGUCCACUGAAUAAACCACAGUUGCAAAUUAA